AUGAAGAGGGGGAGAGAGGAUGAGAAUGUUGCAGGCCCUCUGUUCCCGAGGCUUCACGUCAAUGACGCCGGCAAAGGGGGCCUCAGGGCGCCGCCGAGGAACAAGAUGGCGCUCUACGAGAUUUUCAGCAUUCCUUCUCACAUGUUGAAAUCGGACUCGCCAUCCUCGGCGCCGGAUAGCUUGGUACCCUCUGCGUCGUUAAACCAGGUAUGUUUUGCUCUGAACCUGCCUUGAUUCUGGCCUUCUCCACCUCCCCGGAGGCCCUAAACCCCUCGAUCUUUCUCCAAAAACGGCGAAUACAGAAGGAAGAAUCCUUCACCCUUCGUGAUUGGACGUUGCAAGAUGCACUCGCAAAGGUUCUAAACCGAUAACCUCGGGUAGCGUCGGCGUCCUCGAUCACCUCGGAACUAUGCAGAGGCCCUUUUCAUGGGUUAGCAAUUUAGGGUUUCUUCACCCAAUAACAACAGCCUUGUAUUCUGUGUUUCCGAACACAACCUUAUGAAGUGCAGAAUCAGGAGUACCCUAAUUUCUGCAUCUUCAUAAUCCGUGCUACCUUUUUCUUUUCAAAUGUUCCUGCUUUCAAGCAUUAUAGACCCAAUAACAUGAACUCUGGGUGCAUCUCGUAGUGCUCCUAUAUUCACAAAACACCAUGCAGGAUUCAAACAGCAUGUAAUUAUAAGGGUGGGGAAAAAAUAAAAAAAAUCUGGUCCAUCAAUCAUUUGAGACUUAACCAGUUUGAAAAAUUAGAUCUAACCAGGUAAUAUCAUUCAGCAUAGCUGCUGCUACUGGCGUGAUCACAAGUAUUUCAUGCCUGUAGGGUUGUGGCCAUGAGAAGACUGUGCCUUCUCUCAACCAUGCGCUUUCUCCUGUACCCUCCUACCCGGCAGAGAAGUCUAGUACUCAUCCACUGGAGAGGAUGAAUGAAGCUGGUCCGAGAACGAUGGUUGGGAGACACCCGUUGAAGCAUGGGUUCCGGAGAAUAGCUUCGACUGCAGGUAAUCAUCCACAGGUGGGUGAUCAAUGCAGCUCAUUACGUCCAGAUAGCUCGUCCAGAGCUGAGGAUUGCCCUGGAAGGAAACCUGGAGAUGAGGAUGAUUUUAGAAGUCCUACUAUUUCUCAGCCUGGAAUUGCUCUGCGCUCUGACAAAGAUCACCAUUUCAUGGACAGAGAGAAAACAACUGCUCAUUCUUAUUUGAACAGCCUCAAGGAAAGUGGAUCCACAGUUUCUAAUACCCAGAGCCUGGCUGAAGACAGAAAACCUGUGGAAGAACAUGGCAUCAGGGGUUUAAUCAUGCAACAGCAUAAGAGAGACAGUGCAGAAGAAAAAACAGAGGAAACUGUUGCUCUGACGACUGCCAGUUUUGAAUCGAAGGGAACUAGAAGCACCAGAUGUGGAAGCACUGGCCUACGUCGAUGGUCAGCUGGGAGUACCAGGGGUGCUGAAGGUGCAGGAAAAGAAUCUAAUGGGAGAACUGGGUUUUGCUCCAGAGAAUUACCUGGCAACAGUUUAAUGGAGCCAGGUGCAGGUGAAGGUCUCGAUAGAACUGGAUCAGUGGAAGAUGCUGAUGUGCUCCCAAGCCCUUCAUCAGGGGAUUCCGACAAAGAAGCACUGGAAGGUUCUGGUGCUGAUGACGAAGAUUCUGGGACCUCGAUGGGCUCAGUACCAGGCAUCGACAUAUCUCCGGAUGAUGUUGUAGAUUUGAUCGGUGCCAAGCACUUUUGGAAAAUGAGGAGAGCCAUCGCCAAGUGAGUAUUUCUGGGUGCAUUCCGUUCUGGUUCAUCCUCAAAUUAUCUCCUUUGUAUUUUAUUUCUUUUCAAUGGCUUGUGAGGUCCAAUUCAUGAGGACUACUUUAUUUUAUUUAGCUAAUUGUAUCUAUAUAUCUUUCAUUCAAUCCUGACCCUGGAUCGGAAUUUAAUAAGGAUGGAAUUUACUUAGUGUUGAGGCAUCCAUGGUUUGACUUCCGAAUUCUUUACCUGUAUUCAAUGGGUUUAUCAAAAUAUGAAUGGACUGAAAGGGAAUUCACUGGAGGGGAACUGGCUUUUUUUUUUUUUUUUCUCGAAGCAGAUUUAUUUUUUCUUCUUCUGGAAAGUAGUGCGCUACUGGAGACCGCAGAUAAUAAGUGCUCAUCUAAAAAAAAAAAGAUGAAAAUAUUUUCCUCUCAAGGGAUAUCUAGCCGUUGGCAGAAAUGGUAAUUGCUUCUAGAUACCUGGGAAUUUUAUUCUUUUGAAUCUUUUUCCUCUAAUGUUAGAUUGAAUGGAAAAAUCUUGACCUAAUUCUGACUGCAUGGGCUUACCUUCAAGUCCGUCACAUGUUUUUUUUAUUAUUACUGAGUUUCUAUCAUUAUCUUUGAUCUAAUAUGGAAAGAAUUUUCAAUUGAUUGCAGUCAACAGAGGGUUUUUGGAAUACAAGUGUUUGAACUCCAUAAGUUGAUAAAAGUAAGCUUUCCCUUUCCUUAAUCUUUUCGCUUACAAAGAAAUAAAUGCAUACCCUUUUCAAGAAGGAUUUAGAUCUGAGAAUCACAUCCUCAAACAGGUCCAGAAGCUCCUUUCUGUCUCACCGCAUGUACUGCUUGAAGACACCUCUCGCUUACAGGGUCAGCCUGUGGAAGAUCCCUGCGCCAAUUUCUUGGUAAAGCCUCAGAUGAAGACAAUCAAGGAGAAGGUGGCAGGCUCCAAUCACCUGGUAGAACCCCAACCACCGAUUACUAACCAGCGGGAUCACUCUCAGAAGGCGAAAUGUGACAGCAAGUCUACCACAGAAGACAUGGCGGGCAUCCUUUCAUUUCAUCGUGUACAGCAUCCGACUGACCAGGCUUCUUCGCUCCCAGUUUCUUCCGACAGCACACCUCGUCCAUGGUGCUUCCAGGCACCGGCUAGUAACCAGUGGUUGGUUCCUGUCAUGUCUCCCUCCGAAGGACUGAUAUACAAGCCAUGCACCAGCCCGUACCCUCCACCGGCGGCUCUCAUGAACACCGUCUACAGCGGCUCCACCCCUCUCAGCUUAGCCCCUGUUGCAGGGAAGCUCAUGAGCCCCGCCUAUGGCGUUCCUGUGCCUCACCAGCAGCUAAGCAUUGGGGUUCUUCCUGGUUCAGCAGCAAUCGCCCCGACCCUUCUACCAGUCCCAUUCGGGCUUCCAGUCCACGGCGCUGAAGUUGAACAGCUGAAGCCGAUAGCUGGGCCACUGCUCAAGCAGCACUCUUGGAGCUCUUGCGGCGUCUCUAACCCAAAGAGCGGACCCUUUUCGGAGCUUGAUCGGAGUGUUCAGAAAUCCAAAGGUAGUAUUCUGCAAGGAAGUACGGGGAGCAGUCCCAGUGACACCAGGCUGCAAGGGCAGAGGGCUGCUGUGACUCCGCUUCCCAUGGUUUCUGAAGGUUCUGGCCAGCAUACUCAGGUGAUCAAGGUGGUCCCACAUAACCCAAAAUCAACAACUGAAUCAGCAGCAAGAAUUUUCCAGCGCAUACAGAGAGAAAGGCAGCAGUACGAUUCUGUGUAG